CGCGUCAAGCAACCCAGUCCAGUCGAAGAUUCAAGCUUCUCCACUAUCUUUUAGGAAAGUUACCCACAGUAGAGUUCAGUCAGUGUUAUUUUAAUACUUUCAAAAUAAAAGAAUAUUAGUGAAACCUUUAUUGAUUUGUGCAGAACAGAGUAUGUGAAAUGUUUCUACUAUUAAGUAGAAUGACAAAUGCAAUAAGCUUUGGAAUAGUGUGAUAUAAAACGAACAUUUUGCAGUCGUUUUAGCAUGGUUAUUUUAUUCUGAAGUAUUUCCGUUCACUGACAGUUGAUGUGUUUGCAGUUUAACAGUAAGUGAAAAAAAUACAAGAAAACUUCAGUGUAGAAUUUUACAAACACCGAGAAAUGGAAUAUGGUCACCGUAAACUGCUGAAAGUGCUUUUAAAAUCUGAAGUGACGCAGCAGACAUCAGUGUGUUCUACAGAUGUGCAGCGGGUGUUUGUGGCUAAUCAGGGCUCUUACCCUGAGCAGCAGAAGUGGAGUCCCGAUGUAGAAGAGGGGGAUCCAGAUUCCCCAUGCAUUAAAGAGGAACGACAGGAGGAUAUCACAAAGAUGCCAUUCCCCUCUGUCCAUGUGAAGAGUGAAGAUGAAGAAAAACCUCAGUCGUCAGAGCUUCAUCCAGACUGGAACAGAGAGGCAGAGCAACGGACUGAAAAUAUGAAAACAGAACAUGAUGGACCGGGCAGAGAUGGACCACACCCAGGUAGAAACCUCCAUCCAAAUCCUGAUAAGUCUUCUGAGAGUGAUAACAUUGAUGAUGACGACUGGAAGGCAAUCGGCAAACAGUCAGGUUUUAGUUCUCUGGAAAACAGCAGCGCUCAUAUAGAUGACAUGAGGUGUUACACUGGAGAUAAACUGUUUAGCUGCUCCGAGUGUGAGAAGAGAUUUGGCUACAAACACCACCUGAAGGACCACAUGAGAAUCCAUAUACAGAGCCAACACCAUUCUCUGAUCCAGAGCAGGUUUUCUACAAACAUAUCUAAAGCCCAACAGCUGAGGGACAGUCUGAAACAACUGCCAACAGCUGCUGAUGAAGUAUUUGAGUUGUUAGCAGGAUUGAUUGCAAACUUUGAAGAAGAAAUUCAUCGUUUAAAAGACGAGAACAAAGGACGGAAAGUUCUGGAAGCUGCUUUUAAUCCUCGAGUUCGCUUGUACAAAGCAGACAUGCAGCCAUUGUUGGUGAUUAAAGAAGAAACUCUCCCUGAACACCAGGAAUGGAAUCUGAGUGUUGACCAGGAGGACAUUAAAGAGGAAGAGAAGCUGUGGAUAAGUCAGCAGGGAGAGCAGGUUCAGCAGCUGGAGGAGGCAGAUCUCACCAAGUUUGGUUUCACUGCUGUCCCUGUGAAGAGUGAAAAUGAUGAUGAAAAACCAGAGUCAUCACAGCUUCAUCAAAGCCGAAGUGAUGAGAGCACAGAGACUGAGCCUGUAGCCAGCAGCUCAUCUGUACACAGAACACUGACAGCAGAAGCUGAUGGAGAGGACGAUGGAGGACCACAACCAGCCAGCAACUCGGGUCCAAACAGUCAUUUACAACCAGAUACCAGUGGCAGGAGUUCAGAC